CGUCCCACCUUCGCCUCCUUCCCGGAGUCCGGGCGCGCUCCCUUCCCGCCCGCCGCUCCCGCCUGCGGCCCUCCUCCCCGUCAAGGCUCCGCCCCGGCUCCUCUCCCCGCCGAGGCUCUGGACCUUUCCAAAGGCGGGCUGAGGGGGUGGGGAGAGGCCAAGCGCCUGAGGGAGGCCCGGCUGCGUCGAGGCGGGGCUGCAAGCCGCCCGGGGUCGUGUCACCCUGCCCUUCCCGGGAGGCUCGGGCGAGAGGACGGGGACAGCCCCAGAGCAGCGCGGGAGCGGCGGGAGGCCCGAGCUGGGGGAAAGCCUUUCCGCGUCCCCCCACCCCCGCGCGCCGGAGUGGUGCCCGCCGAGGGAAGGGCUCGCAGCUGCGGGGCUCUCGCCGCUGUCAGUGCGGCGGGGUGCGCGAGGUGCGCGGGGUGCUUGGCGGCGGAGCCGAGAGGAAGCUGAGGGGGCGGCCGCCGCGCCGGUGGCGACCCCGGGGAGCGUGCUCAAGCUCCCCCAUCUGGCCGCGGCCAAGGCCGCCGCCUCCCUCCCGCCCUCGCUCCCUUCCGCCCGCCCAGAGCGGCGGCACCGCCUCCUCCUGCGCCGCGCGGCUUCCUCCGGACCUCUCGGCGCGGAUUCUACUGCCUGCUCUGGAGCUCCAUUUCCGUAAAACGGUGAGCCCAUUUCCCAGAGGCAACUGCUGGAGAGCCUGGUAACCUGAAGGAAGAAGUAAACUCAGCCCUGGUGGCCACCAUGUCAUUGAAGAUCCAGACAAGCAAUGUUACCAACAAGAAUGAUCCCAAGUCCAUCAACUCUCGGGUCUUCAUUGGAAACCUCAACACAACUGUGGUGACGAAGUCAGAUGUGGAGACCAUCUUCUCCAAGUAUGGCCGUGUGGCCGGCUGCUCCGUGCACAAGGGCUAUGCCUUUGUCCAGUAUUCCAACGAGCGCCAUGCCCGGGCAGCUGUGCUGGGAGAGAAUGGGCGGGUGCUGGCUGGGCAGACCCUGGACAUCAACAUGGCUGGAGAGCCCAAGCCCAACAGACCCAAGGGGCUAAAGAGAGCGGCAUCUGCCAUAUACAGUGGCUACAGCUUUGACUAUGAUUACUACCGGGACGACUUCUACGACAGGCUCUUCGACUACCGGGGCCGCCUGUCACCAGUGCCUGUGCCCAGGGCAGUCCCAGUGAAGCGACCCCGGGUGACAGUCCCUUUGGUUCGGCGUGUCAAAACCACCAUACCUGUGAAGCUCUUUGCCCGCUCCACAGGUGCCACCACCAGCUCAGCCAAGAUCAAGUUAAAGAGCAGUGAGCUACAGACCAUCAAGGCAGAGCUGACACAGAUCAAGUCCACCAUUGAUGCCCUGCUGGGCCGCUUGGAGCAGAUUGCGCAAGAGCAAAAGGCCAACGCAGAUGGCAAGAAGAAGGGCGACAGCAGCAGUGGUGGCGGUGGCAGCGGCAGUGGCGGCAGUGGUGGUGCAGGUGGCAGUGGUAAUGGCAGCAGCAGCAGCCGGCCACCAGCCCCCCAAGAAGACCAGACUUCUGUAGCAGACACAACCCAGGGAGAAGCCCAGGCCCGGGACGACGGUGAUGAGGAGGGACUGCUAACACAUAGUGAGGAAGAGCUGGAGCGCAGCCAGGACACAGAUGCAGAGGAGGCGGCCUUGCAGUAAGCAGUCUGACAGGAACAAUGGCUCCCAAAAGGAAAAGGGCAUCGCUGUUCCAGGCCUCAAGCCAGGCACCCAUCCCUAGGGGUACCAGAAGAGAGCAGGCAGCAGGCGCCUCCUCCCCACACACAUCCCAGCCAGUGCUACGUCCUCUGCAGGUGGAGUUCCUGGCCCAUGCCUUCCCCAUGCCCCAUCCUUGUCUGCAUUGCUCAGGCCAGAGGGCAGAACACAGAAGUUUUCCAUCACUCUCUCUCCCCUCCCGAGGACACUUCCAGCCAUGUGGUUUUCCUGGGGGUUUGGAGGUGGGGAGCCCCAGGGGAGGGGUCCUGACAAUAAAGACAUUGGAUCCCAA